AGUCGUGUAAUCAAAUAGACACAUCUUUUCGUUCUAACAGGGAAAACUUGCGAUCUCUUCGAAGUUAAUACAAACUGUUGCAAUGCAAUUGGAAACGCUUUUACUUUUCAUAUUCUUUACAGUUAUUACAUUCGCGCAGAUGCCAGAUCGUAUCAUAUUCCCAGAUAUCGAUGAUUUUGAAAUCGAGUGCACUUUGCCGGACGGCGUGCAGGGUAUGUGCCGAAACAUUCGAUACUGUCCGAGUGCUUUCGAUUCAAGAGAGCGGGUAAAAACCUGUUAUUUCGAACGCUCGGAACAAUUUGUAUGUUGUCGUGAUGAACCAAAGGAAUAUGCUACAAAAAGAGCCUGUCUCAGCUAUUAUCCGCCUAUACAUGAAAUGGUUAAUGGACUUAGCACCCAACCUAAUGAAUUUCCUUAUAUGGUUGCUCUGGGUUUUGAAACUAUGCUGCCUGAUUUGUAUGAAUACAAAUGUGGAGGGGCGCUCAUAGCACCAAAUUUCGUAUUGACAGCUGCACAUUGUGCACGUGUUGGGGGGGCCACACCUUCUGUGGUUUUGCCAGGAGGUGUCAGUUUAAAUGAUUAUUCGGCAAAGAAACAUCAAAUCGCUGACGUUACAAUACAUCCUGCCUAUAAUUCUAAGAAAUCUUACAACGACAUCGCUUUACUUAAAUUAAAGGAGCCAAUUACGAAUUUUACACCAGCAUGCAUCGGAGAAAAUGUACUAUUGGACAAUGAGAAUAUUACCGCUAUCGGUUAUGGCCACACUAUUUUCGGUGGUAGAUCAUCCGAAGACCUCUUGAAAGCUUAUCUAAUUAUUGUAAGUAACGAAGCGUGCCAAAGACACUACAGAGAUAAUGAACAAUUGCCAAAAGGUCUAAUGGAUACACAGCUAUGCGCACAGGAUAAACAAUUAGGCCGUGACACUUGUCAGGGUGAUUCUGGUGGACCAUUGAUAUUAAAGAAUGCGCAUGUGCCGUAUAUGGUUGGUAUAACAUCUUUUGGAUUGGGCUGUGCAACAGAAGCUCCGGGCGUUUAUACGCGAGUAUCAAAAUAUCUCGACUGGAUAGAGGCGAUUGUAUGGCCAAAGUGAAGACUUGCACCGCCUAGCAGUCAACUCAACAAUACUUCAAUACCUUAAUUUUAAUUUUUAUUUACCACUUAAACUAUUUAUACAAUCUUUGUACUACUCAUCCUCUAGCCUUUAUUACUUAAAUAAAUUUAAAGUUAUUGUAAAGUGAGAUUUACUAA